CUUCCCGAAGAACACCCCGUCGCCGCGCGUCGCGUCCGCACCUGUUGCCUGACAUUUGCACCAUUUUGGGCGGUUUGGGCAGGGUUUCGCGUCCCAAAAGCGUCGGUUGGGACCCCCAAGAGAUGGGCGGGAGCCCAGUGACGUGAACAGUUCUUAAGCGAAAGAAACAAGUGAUUGAUGCCGGCGAAUUCUCACAAUUCAUUCGUGGACGGAGCCUGAAUCAAAAACUGUUUUUAAAAAGUGCUUUACCUCAACUCCAAACAGGAUUACUGGAGUUUAGGACGUGUGCCUGAAGUGUGUUUCAACAGUGCAGCUGGGAUUCCUGCACGGUGUGCUUAACGCACCAUCGAACUGCCGCUGGAUUUUUAGUAGGCUUGUUUGCAGUGUUUCCAUCAAGGUCCGUUUCCGGUCGGCUUUACCGCCGUUUUUCUUGCGGCCCGUCUCGCCGCGUUGCAGGCGAGGCAGCAGGGGAACCAUGAGGUCCAGUAGCACCCCAUGACGACAGGCGACCCCAUCAUGACGAGCAACGCGGAGGCCCCGCCAGCCAUGGCGCUGGAGUUCGACAAGGGGGACCUGGUGUGGUUCGACCCCGGGGUCGGCCAUGUGCUGCCCGGCGAGGUCAUGGAGUUCCACAGGCCGGCGCAGGUGCUCACGGUGCAGGCCGUCAUUGCCGGGAAGCCCCAAGUUUUCACCCUGACGUCGUUGGCGGGAGUGCGCCGGCGGCAGGACCUGGGGCAGCAGGGCGUGGAGGACAUGAUCCAGCUCUCAGAUCUGAACGAGGCCUCACUACUAUGGAACCUGAAAAUAAGAUACGACCGAGAGUUGAUAUACACGUACACCGGCAGCAUCCUGGUGGCGGUCAACCCUUACAAAAUGUCCGACAUCUACGGCCUGGACAUGGUCAAGAAAUACGAGGGGCAGAUUCUUGGCACGCUACCACCCCACCUGUUCGCCAUCGGCUCGUCGGCGUACGCCCACCUGAGCAAGGAGGGUGAGCGGCAGAACCAGGUGGUGGUCAUCUCGGGCGAGUCCGGCUCGGGCAAGACCGAGUCCACCAAGCUGGUGAUGCAGUACCUGGCCGCCGUCAACAAGUCCCCGUCCAACCUCAUCACGGAGCAGAUCCUGGAGGCGUCGCCGCUGCUCGAGAGCUUCGGCAACGCCAAGACCGUCCGCAACGACAACUCGUCUCGCUUCGGGAAAUACCUCGAGGUGCACUUCAAAGAGGGAGUGAUCAUCGGCGCCAAGGUGACCGAGUACCUGCUGGAGAAGUCGCGCAUCGUGACGCAGGCGCAGGACGAGCGCAACUACCACGUGUUCUACGAGAUGCUGACGGGGCUGUCGGCCGAGCAGAAGCAGAAGUACGGCCUGCUCACCCCCGAGAAGUACUUCUACCUCAACCAGGGCGGCAGCUGCGAGAUCGAUGGCAAGUACGACAGCGAGGACUUCCAGUCGCUGCUCUCCGCCAUGCAGGUGCUGGGCUUCACCAUGGACGAGCAGGACAACAUCUUCCGCAUCCUGGCGUCAGUGCUGCACCUGGGCAACGUGUACUUCCACCGCAAGCAGCUGAAGCACGGCACGGAGGGCGUGGAGAUCGGCUCGGACGCGGAGAUCCGCUGGACGGGCCACCUGCUGCAGCUCAACGUGGACGGCAUCAAGCGCGCGCUCACCACCAAGACCACGGAGGCGCGCAACGAGCGGCUGCUGACGCCGCUCAGCAUCGACCAGGCCCUGGACGCGAGGGACGCCUUCGCCAAGGCGCUGUACAGCGCGCUCUUCUCGUGGCUGGUGCAGCGCAUCAACAGCAUCGUGUUCAAGGGCACCAAGCGCACCGCCGCCAUCUCCAUCCUCGACAUCUUCGGCUUCGAGGACUUCAAGGAGAACAGCUUCGAGCAGCUGUGCAUCAACUACGCCAACGAGAACCUGCAGUUCUACUUCAACAAGCACAUCUUCAAGCUGGAGCAGCAGGAGUACGCCCGCGACAAGAUCGACUGGCAAACCAUCACUUACAAUGACAACAUGCCCGUCAUCAACCUGAUCGCCAAGAAGCCCGUGGGCAUCCUGCACCUGCUGGACGACGAGUCCAACUUCCCCAAGGCGUCUGACCUGUCCUUCCUGGAGAAGUGCCACUACAACCACGCGCUGGACGAGCUGUACUCGCGGCCGCGGAUGUCCAGCCUGGAGUUCGGCGUGAGGCACUACGCCGGCCAGGUGUGGUACAACGUGGAGGGCUUCCUGGACAAGAACCGCGACACGCUGCGGCCCGACGUCGUGGAGCUGCUCAUCAACAGCAAAGUGACGAUGCUGAGCCGCAUGUUCCAGAGCGUGCGCUCGCACCACGAGACGGCCAAGACGCUGAACAAGGCCAACGGGCGCUUCGUGACCAUGAAGCCCCGGACACCCACAGUGGCGGCCCGCUUCCACGACUCGCUGCAGCAGCUGCUGGAGUCCAUGACCAAGUGCAACCCCUGGUUCGUGCGGUGCAUCAAGCCCAACAACGACAAGGCCCCCAUGAAGCUGGACAUGCCCAUCGUGCUGGAGCAGCUGCGCUACACCGGCAUGCUGGAGACGAUCCGCAUCCGCAAGACGGGCUACCCCAUCCGCCUCAAGUUCGCCCACUUCGUGGAGCGCUACCGCUACCUGCUGCAGCCGCGCGGCUGCAGCCUGCCCAGGGGCGCGCCCUACCGGGAGCUGUGCCGCGCCAUCCUGGACCAGACGGACCAGGGCGGCCACGACUACCAGCUGGGCACCACCAGGGUCUUCAUGAGGGAGAACCUGGAGCGCAGGCUGGAGAAGGAGCGCGCCGACAUCCUGAGGGACGCCGCCGUGAUGGUGCAGCGACACGUGCGCGGCUACCUGGCGCGGCGGCGGUACCGCGCGUGCAAGCGCAGCGCCGUCAAGCUGCAGGCCGGUCAGGGCUACUCGGCGCGCAAGAAGUUCCGCGCGAUCCGCACGGGCGUGGUCCGCGCGCAGGCCAACUUCCGCGCCAAGCGGCAGCGCAAGCGCUACCUGGAGCUCAAGGAGGAGCUGAAGCGGCGGUCCGAGGUGGAGAAGGUGGCCCGCGAGCGCGCUAAGGCCAAGGCCCAGCGCGACGAGCAGGAGCGCACGUCCAGAGCCGUGGCCGGCGUCAACCACCUGGAGAUCCCCGCCGAGCUGGCCUUCAUCUUCAGCAAGCUGGAUGACUGGCAGCCCACGCACACGGAGCGCAACCUGGUCAAGGUGGUGGGUGGCGUGCCCCCGCGGCCCGACCGCUACUUCCUGCCGAACGACAUCGACUACCACGCCUUCACCAAGUUCACCAACGUGUACUUCAAGUCGCACCUGUGGGGCAUGAAGCGGGAGCCCAUCAAGACGCCGUUCCUGGCCAAGUCCAAGGACAUCGACUACCAGGACUCGCUGGCCAUCUUCAAGCUCAUCCUGCGCUUCAUGAACGACAACAACCUGAACGGCAAGAAGGAGGUGGCGCUCGGUGACUACAUCGUGAACAAGGGCAUCGUCAACGAGCGUCUCCGCGACGAGAUCCUGUGCCAGCUGUGCAACCAGACGUGGAAGAACGAGAAGGAUGCUAACAACGAGCGCGGCUGGCUGCUGCUGGCAAACUGCCUGUCCUGCUUCCCGCCCUCGCCCACCCUCUACAAGUUCCUGCUCAAGUACGUCUCGGACCACGGCUGGGACGGCUACAAGGCCGUGUGCCAGCGCAAGCUGCUGCAGUCGCAGUGCGCGCGCGUGGGCGCGGCCAACGGCGCCAGCGGCCAGGGCCAGGACCGCGUGCCCGACAGCCCCGCCGUGGCGCGCACCUACCCGCCCUGCCUGCUGGAGUGGCGCGCCAACCGCAAGCGCGUCAACAUGGCGCUGCCGGUGCACUUCGCCGACGGCGAGCAGCGCAUGACGCCCGUCGAGGCGUGGACCACGAGCGAGGAGCUGGCCUCCUUGGUGGUGCGCGAGCGCGGAAUCGCCGAGUGCGGCGGCUGGAGCGUGAGCCUCGCGACGAGCGGCAGCGACCUGGGCCUAGAGCCCGGCGUCAAGGACAGCGCGGGCUACGACUACGUGCUGGACCUGGUGGCCGAGAUGGAGCUGGCGCCGGCCUUCCCGGCCUGCAGGAACAGCUUCCUGUCCUCGCCCGACCGCCCCAAGCGGACCAGCAGCACGGGCAACAGCAAGGUGCUGGCCACGCCUGCCGGCCCCGUCGCCGUGCCCAUCGACGUGGAGAUCGACGAGCCGCCACUGCCGUCGCCGACGAGGAGGCCCGGCGUGCCACCGCCGGAGCCGCCCGUCCCCAAGCAGCCCGCUGCCAGGAAGAUGUCGCGGGAACCGCCAGUGGAGAGCAAGAAGAAGCAGCACGCCGCCGUCAACGGCGCGUCCAACGGACCGGGCCGCCUGCGCUCGCAGUCGCGCGACCACACCGUGGAGAUGGGGUUGUCGCGCAAGUCCGCCCUCAACGACCGCUACUUCGAGGACAAGCCGGGCCGCAGCCGCAGUCUGGACAACCUGCUGGAAUCGGAGAUGGCGCCGCCCCGCAAGCUGGAGUCGCUGGGGCUGUCGCAGAGCCGCCUCAACGACCGCUACCACUCGAUGGAGAAGAUGCCGCACGCCGCCAUGCUGCCGCCGCGGGGCAUGUCGCCCAGCGUGAGCAACGGCGGCGGUCUCCCCGGCGGGGCCGUGGUGCCCGAGCCGCCUCUCAUGCGCCUCUCGGCCGUCAGCAACAAGGAGUACAUGACCAAGUCCGAGGCCAUGAUGGAGGACAACCUGGAGUCAGUGAGCCAGCGCGGCCGCGACUCGCCCCGCAAGUACAGCCUGAGCAGCAAGCCAGACCCGGCGCUGGAGCUGCUGGGCCACCACGGCCAGCACGUCGGCCACCCGCACCUGCUGGACUUCGACUACCCCGACAUGGCGUCGCAGGCGUCGCAGGCCUGCCGCAGCGAGGACGACAAGGGCAGCUACAUCCGCGGCCACCCGCGCUUCAUCAAGUCGCACUACGCGGGCAAGCGCGCCGCGCCCGGCAGCCACUCCAGCCGCGCCUACAUCGAGGGCCGCAACUCGGAGAAGUCCGAGUACGGCGCCAAGUCGUCCGCGCUCUCGGACACGAGCGAGGCGCCCUCUCUGGCGUCGCACGUCCGCCGCGUGCGCGUGCCGUCCCAGGCGUCCGACGUGGACCAGUUCCUGGACGACCUGUUCAUGCCGGUGCUCGACGGCAACCUGGACGAGCUGUCGGACGCCCGCUCCCUAGCCGCCUCCAUCAAGGGCGGCGGCGACCACCACCCCCAGGGUGCCGUGGCGCGCCGCGUGUCGACGCAAAGCAGGCACAGCGACGCGGACGACGAGGUGGCCACCCUCACGGGGUCCACGCCCUCCACGCUGGCCAGCCGAGGAGCGCAUGGACACGGCGCCGUGCAGAACGUGGAUGACUACAUCAGCGACCUGUUCCAACCCAUCUUCGUCAACGAGUCGCUGCGGCGGCUGACGCGCGCCGACACCCUGGCCAACGCCAUCAAGGGCGGCGGCCAGGGCCUGGGCGGCAUCGAGACCAGACAGCAGACGGCCACGCAGUCCCAGUCCACGGCGGCGUUCGGCUUCACGCCCAUCGGCAACGUGACGUCGCCCACCCCCAUGAUGCCCUUGAUGACGGGCAUGAUCUCGCCGCCGCCGCUCAUGAUGCCCGGGGUGCCGGCCAUGCCCAUGUUCAGCCCGCAAGGCUCCGGCAGCGGCCAGCAGCCCAGCAGCCUCAUGUCUGACCCCACCAUGGUGGCGUACCAGCAGAGCCUGCAGCGGGCCUUCCUGCAGUCCGCCAUGGCGCAGAACAUCCAGAUCCAGCAGCAGCUGCUCGCCCAGAACCAGGCGCUGCAGACCCUGCUGCAGACGCAGGCCAGCUCGCCCAACGCGUCCGGCCAGUCCGGCAGCGGCCAGACUCCCCCCGCCUCGCUAGCGCCCUCUCAAGCUGCCAGCCCUUCGGAAGAACAGUCUGCUGUUGAGUCAUCAGCUUCGGCACCGUCCUCUGUAGAGUCUGAUCAUGAGCCUGAGGUGGAGCGGGUAUUAAAGGUAUCUUUCCGCGAGCCGGAGAACGGAGAUUUGUGGUCGACUGAAAAGCAGCAGAACUCAAUAUCAAGCCCUGGACCACCACUGCCACCCAAAGCAAGAUCUACACCAAUCCAACCUGUGCUCACAACCGUCACCAGAGCACAGGUCCACCGCUCGCAGUCCCCAACGCACUCCGGCACCCCUCGCAAGGCCAGCCUCACUCGAAGCCCAUCUAACCCACACACUGCAUUUACCAGUGUGCUCUCAGAGCUUCGCAGUCGCAAGAGUUCAGUCGACUCUAACCAGUCUAACAGCAGGGGCAUCCCCCCUCCACCACCACCCCCCAUGCCGCCCCCGCCCGAGCACAUGGACCCGUCGGAAGUGCGGCCGUUCCUGGACCCCUACGGCCGAGCCAAGACGGUGAGGAUAGGCAAGUGGAGGUGGCCGCCCCCGCAGGACAACGGGGAGAACGCGGACAGCUUCCUGCACUUCAAGCUCCGGCAGCAGCAGCGGAAAGUGUCACCACAGAAGUCUAGCCAUGAUACAAGUGAGAAUGGAGAAGGGGUAGAAUGGGAGGAGUUUGAAAUGGACAGCAGUCCAACUAGUCUGGAGCCACCCAGGAAGAGUAGUAGUACCAGCAACCUUAGUAACAAAAGAGAUAUCGCCGACAAAAAUAAAAGCAAUAUCGUCAGGUCAAAUUUGGACCUGCACUCUGCGAGCAGUCCUAGCAGUGUAGGGAAAUUAAGAAUAAGCUCAGAGAUGCGCAGCAAGUUGGAGUUAGUCACGGCGAACCACAGCCUUCGUUCCACCACCAAGACUGAGAAGCCAGCUUUGUCGCUGUUGAACAACAUGCAGCCCAACGGGCCGCAGCGCACAGUCUCCAAGCUGCAAGAUGACCGCAAACUGUUGCUGGAGCAGCAGCUUGCGGGCCGCUGGGGCAGUGUGGACUCCGUGGACGCUGUUCAGCGAGGUGCUUCCAAGGAAGCGGACACGCAGCCCAUCAGCAACGUCCGCAGCCAGGUGGAGCGCAUGGAGAAGCCCAACAACGCGGCCUCGCACAGCGCCAACGCCAGCAUGACGGGGUGGAAGCCGGCGCCGCCGCCCCCGCCCAUCAUCCCCCACUACAACGCCGAGCCCCAGGUCAACCACCACACGCCGGCCAGCCGCACCAACAGCUUCUACUCCCAAAGCAACACCCCGGGGAUCCCGCAGCCCCGGUCGCCGCCCCCGCCCAUCCAGCCCGUGCGGCAGCCAGACGGACAGAGGGACCUGUUCGGGCGCGGCAGCUCGCCGGGCCGUGGCGGCUCGCCCGCCGGCCGCAUGGACCGCAUGGACCACCGACGCGCCUCCGUGUCCACGCACCACACCGACGUCAUGGAGAGGAUUGAAAUCGAAGAGUCGUCCGAGUUCCUGCAGCCGGUGGACUCGAGCCCCCCGCUCAUGCUGGACCGGCGUGACCUGGACCGCUCGGUGGAGACCACCAAGACCAAGCUGUUCAACCCCAGCAGCGCGGCGUACUUCACGUACAACCGCGUGCCGUGGCGCCUCAACAUCAAGAAGGAGGUGUUCGCGCCCAACGAGGCCCUGUCCACGCCCCUGGCGCUGCACCUCGUCUUCUGCCAGAUCGUGCAGGACACCCUCAGCCCCAACUGCAUCAGGAUCGGGCGCGAGGAGAGGGCCAGCAUGCGGAAGAUGCUGGAUAACUAUGGUGUCACACUGAACAACCUGCAGUCUGCUCAUCAUAAAAAUACCAUUAAGAAGAACGUGGUGGACAUGGCCAAGCAGUGGAAUGUCUACUUUGCUAGGAUAUUCCCCGUUUCGGGUGGCCAUCAAAAUCCUGACGUUCAAUUCCUUGCCAUAUCUCAUUCUGGAGUAAGAUUAGUAAGAAAAGAAAAAAGUGUUCCACAUGAUUACCUGCAUAUCCUCGACACAUUCACCUUUGAUGAAAUUGCCGAGGUGACUAUGCCGAAGUCUAGCAGUGUGCAAUUCAUGCUGUCCGCUGGCGGUCGCGUGCUGCUGUACACUCACCGUGCCAACCAAGUCCACACAAUGCUGCAUAGGUUUAUCCUGGAGGCCUGCAAGGGCGGACAGGAGUUCGUCCGCGGCGUGCAGGACCACGUCAGCCACGACCAAUCGCUGCUCAGCUUCCGGAAGGGUGACGUCAUCCGGCUCAUCAACCGCGACCAGCACCUGCAGAAAGGCUGGCUGUGCGGCUCGCUCAACGGCAGGAGUGGGCUGUUCCCGUGCGACUUCGUCGAGGCGUUGGCGCGCCACCACCAGCACAACCAAACGCGGAGCGGGCGACUGGAGUCCUUCCAGCCGGACCACCGCAAGCAGUCCAUGGACGGGUGGACGGGGCGCGUGGCGCCGCAGCCCCAGCCGCCUCACCAGGCACAGCCACAGCAGCACCAGCAGCACCAGCAUGGCCCCGCCUCCAUGCCGCCCGCCAUGGCCAACGGGCACCCCGUCAACGGCCACGGCCACCACAACGGCCAUCUCAACGGCCACGCCGUCAACGGCCACGGGCCCAGCUCGCUGCCGUCGCCCCUGUCCGAGCACGGCGCCGGCCAGGGCGUCGGCCCGGGCGCCCAGGUGCACGACGGCAAGCACUCGCUGCUUCAGUUCGCCAUCCACCACUUCCGACAGAGCCCGGAGAAGUUUGAGAUGCUCAAGACCGCAGACGGCUCCAUCAGCGGCUCGCUGGACGUCAUCGAGAGCCUUAAGAACAACAAGAAGAACAAGGGCAAGAGCAAAGGCAACAAGGAGAACGAAUGGACGUGGAAGGAGCAGGUGGACCUCGUCAAGUUCUCGCCGCGGCCCAUCGAGCAGUCCCUGCUGCGCCUGGAGACCGACGAGGUCAGCGAGCUGGCCGUCGAGUGCUUCGUGUGCGUGAUGCGGUACAUGGGUGACCUGCCGAUGACCACGGACAUCACCGAGGUCAAGUGCGUCUACACCGUGCUCAUGCACUGCCACAAGCACGAGGCCCUCCGCGACGAGGUGUACUGCCACCUCAUGAAGCAGACCACCAACAACAAGUCGCAGCAGCCCGAGUCGUGCCAGCGCGGCUGGCGGCUCUUCUCCAUCGUGGCGGCCUACUUCGCCUGCUCGGACACGCUCAAGCCCUACCUCUUCAAGUACCUCGAGACGGCGGCCUACGACAAGCGGCGCGCCUAUCACGGCACGGCCAUGGUGUGCCUCCAGAACCUGCGCAAGACCUUCAAGUACGGCGGCCGCAAGAACGUGCCCAGCGUGGAGGAGAUCACGGCCAUCAGCGCGGGCCGCAACUCCAAGCGGCAGAUGUACCGGCUGCCCGGCGGCACCGAGCGCGUCGUCAACACGCGCUCCACCACCGUGGUGCAGGACGUCAUCGAGGAGAUCUGCAGCGUCAUCAACGUGGCGUCGCCGCAGGAGAUGGAGGAGUUCUCGCUCUACUGCAUCGUGGAGGGCGACACCUUCACCAUGCCGCUGGCGCGCGAGGAGUACAUCCUGGACGUGACCACGGAGCUGCACAAGAACCAGCAGGUGUUCUACCUCAUCUUCUGCCGCUCCGUCUGGCACUUCCCUCUGCGCCUCGACUCGCACCUCUACGUCGAGGUCGUCUUCAACCAGAUCGCGCCCGACUACCUGGAGGGCCUGCUGCUGGUCAUGCCCGGCGAGACCCUGCAGCAAGAUACCAUCUACGAGAUCGCCAAGAUGGCGGCGCUGCUGCACCGCGCCGCGGACAUGGCGCACGUGCCUGCCAUGAAGGAGACCAAGUUCCUGCUGCCCAAGCCCGCCCUCACGGUGCGGGACAUCAAGCCCGCGCAGUGGGUCAACAUGGUGCAGAGCAGCUGGGGCGAGGUGCAGGGGCUGGAGACCAUCCAGGCCAAGGCGCAGGUCUUGGAGAUGCUGAGCCGGUGGCCGCUGUUCGGCUCGAGCUUCUUCGCCGUGAAGCGCGUGUCCGACCCCAAGGAGCGCGCCGACCACAUCCUGGCGCUGAACCGCCACGGUGUGCACUUCAUCGACAUCGUGACCCACGAGACGCUGCUGCACCACCCGUUCUCCGAGGUGAUUUCCACGCGCAAGGUCAAGUCCGAGGACGGCACCCUGUUCCUGGACAUGAAGUGUGGCAACCUGAUGCAGCAGAGGAUCACCCGGCUGCAGACGGACCAGGCGCACGAGAUCUCGCGCCUCAUCAGGCAGUACAUCACCCUGCAGCAGCGGGUGCGGACCUAGGCCGUGCCGCCGCCCCGCGCCCCGCGCCCCGCGCCACGCGCUACGUCGACUCGAGUCAUGAGCUAUUCUGGUCACUGAGUGUAGUUGUGUACGUGUUUUGUAUUUGUGACACUUUGUUUGAGACUCUGUUGUUACGUAAGGUUCGAUUUUAAGUUUCCUCGUUUCCCGAAACGAAUUAUUUUUUUUACAUUCGUAACUCUAAGUGUAUAGUGAGCGGGUGAUAAUUCAGCCCAGCUACAUACUGCCGUUAUACAAAAAUAAAUGUACUAUUCAGGAGAAGACCGGAAGUUGAUAAUGAAAUGCAACUUUGGUGCUGCAUUUUAAAUUAAUACGGUAUCGAUUUGUGAUUUUAUGUUUGGCCAUCAUAUUUGGCCUGGCCAUCAUGUAUAUUGUUUUACCCAUAGGCUUAGGUUCUGGUUUCCAGAGUUUUUUUUUUUUUUUUUUAAUGCAACGAAAAGUCAUUGAGUGUAUCAAGAGAUCUGAUAGUGUAAUGUAGAAGUGCGGAUGGAAUUAGUUGUUAAUGAGUGUCAUGUUGAAGCUGAAAACCACAGCUUAUCUUUCAAUUAUUUUUUUGACAAAUGAAGCUUAUAUUGUUAUCUAGAAGGAUAGCAGAUUACUUAUUUUAAGUUAGAGUAAAGGCUGCCUCCUCUAAAUGUGCUCAAGUUAAUGUUUUUGACCAUCAUAGUUUUAACAAUUCUAAUGUACAUAUGUAUUUUUAAUAUGUACUUUAUACAAAUCUUUAUAAUUUAAUCUUAUAACUCUUAUGCUUAGUUAUUUUGAAAUGUUUAACAUUUUGAUGACUGUAAUGUUAUGUAAUAUUUUUUGUAAAUCAGGAUCAUAUUUUUAAAAAGCCAAAAUGUAUUAUUUAUUACCGAUUCUCUGCUUUUAUCAAUUCCAAAACAGACAUAAGUUAAUGUCUAGUUUGUUUAUGGAAAAAUGUUUAUCGCUGGCCAACCACUGAGUCAGUCAUAAGUCUGCUAAGAAUGCAUUCUUGAAUAUGAGAGAUUAUAUUUAUUUCCUGUUGUAUUUACUUUAAACUUAUACGUACAGAUCAAAGGAUUGUUGCAUCUAUAUUUUUCUGUAUCCUUUUUAAUUCUAUUUUUGUGUUCAUCAGAGGAUCUUGAUGACUUGAAUGGAAUCAGUCCACAUCUUUGAAAUAUUUUAUAUAAAAGUUAUAGAGCUCUAUAUUUUGUUUUGUUACAAGAGGCGUCCAAUGAUGAUUUAAAAUAAAUCAACAAUGCAUUGUAUGAAUCAUGUUUUACAAUAAACUUGUAUAUUUUAC